CAGAAGAAACCCAUUCUCUCUCUCUCUCUUUCUCUCUUUCUCUCUUUCUUUCUCUGUAUAUGUAAUAUGGCAUAUGCACAACAACCAAGUAAACAAUAGUCAUCAUGGAAGAAUAGAAUCACCCAAGCAAAAAAGAAAGAGAAUCAAAUAAAGAGGCAUUGAUCUCCUCUCUCUUCUCUCUUUCUCCUCUCAUUUUCUCUCUGUCUCUCUCUCUCUAGACUGUAUUUAGAUUACCCCUCUGUCUCUCUCUCUGUCUCUCUCUCUGUCUGCCUUAUGCUCUGCAGAGCAGAGAGUUUUGAAGAAUCUCCAACUGCAUUCUCACAUAUUCUGUUCUUUGUAAGGAAACCAAAGCCUCCUCCUUCCUGCCUCUCUUGUCUGCUUCUUUUCUUGUCAUUCAUUCAUUCAUUCAUACCCAUCUCUCUCUCUCUCUGUCUCUCUCUCUCAUGAACCCAUCUGGAAAAUGAGUGAAGAUUUCCUUGCUGCAGUUCCUUCUGAUAGAGCAGUUGAACAGGCACUUGUGGGUUUAAAAAAGGGUGCACAUCUUCUGAAGUAUGGGCGACGAGGGAAACCCAAAUUCUGCCCUUUCAGGUUAUCCACGGAUGAGAAGUUUUUGAUCUGGUAUUCUGGUCCGGAGGAAAAGCAAUUGAGACUAAGCUCAAUUACGAAGAUUAUUCGCGGACAGAGGACUACAAAUUUCCAGAGGCAACUUCAACCAGAAAGGGAAAGUCAGUCCUUUUCAAUAAUUUAUGCAGAUGGUCAUCACUCUCUUGAUCUGAUAUGCAAGGACAAAGCACAGGCUGAUUCUUGGUGCUUAGGCUUGAGAGCCGUAAUAUCCAGGUGUCACCAUUCCAGAUUAUUAGUUGCACCCAAAACCGGUAGAGUGGCACAAUCUUGUGUCAAUAGCCCAGCUGGCUAUAUGCGAAGAAAGCAUAAUCUGGGACUUUCUGAGGAGACCACCAAAUUUUCUCAGGUUCACAGCGUAUCUGGUAGUCCCACUCAGUCAAUCUCAGAGAGGUGUUUUUCUGAUGGCUUAUCAUGUUCUUCUGAUAGUUUUUAUUCAGAAUCAAGCCUGUCAAGCAUGCAAAAUGUAAGGGAUAUUUUAGUUCCAAAUUCUCCAUACAUUGAACCAGAUGAUCUCAAGAAGAGGGGAACAGUAUAUUCCAGCACAGAAAUUCAAACUAGUAUGCUUAGUGGGUUAAAGAAACCUGUUCAUGUAUCAACACAAAUAGAAAAAAAUGUUUUGAGGGAUGUCUUGGUCUGGGGAGAAGGAAUGGAACGGGGGUGUUUGGGGGGUGGGUUUGAUAAAUUUUCGAAGCAUAAUGGAAUGCAAUUCGAUGCUUUAUUACCCAAACUACUAGAGUCUUCCAUGGCAUUAGAUGUACAUAAAUUAUCUUUAGGAGCAAAGCAUGCUGCCAUAGUUACUAAACAAGGGGAAGUUUUUUGCUGGGGUGAGGGGAGUCGAGGAAGGCUCGGAAAUAAAGUUAAUAUGGAUGUUACGUACCCAAAAAUUGUUGAAUCCCUCUCUGGGGUCUGCGUAAAAUCAGUUGUUUGUGGUGAAUAUCAAACAUGUGCUCUUACAUUUUCUGGUGAACUUUACACGUGGGGUGAGGAUAGUAACAGGAGCCAGUGGCUGCCACGUAGAAUCUCUGGUUCUUUGGAUGGUGUAAGUGUAUCACAAAUUGCUUGUGGUGAAUGGCACAUAGCAAUUGUGUCCACGUCUGGCCAGUUAUUUACUUAUGGAGAUGGGACUUUUGGGGUUCUUGGGCAUGGGAAUCUUCUGAGCAUUUCUCGACCAAAAGAAAUUGAAUCUCUCAAGGGUUUAAGGGUGAAAUCCAUUGCAUGCGGGCCAUGGCAUACAGCAGCAAUUGUGGAAAUCAUGGUUGAUCGUUUUAAGUUCAAUAAUGGUCCAGGUGGUAAGUUAUUUACAUGGGGAGAUGGGGAUAAAGGAAGACUUGGACAUGCUGAUCAAGAGAGGAAGCUCUUACCAAUAUGUGUUGCACAACUUGUGGAUCAUGAUUUUAUUCAAGUAGACUGUGGAAGAAUGUUGACUAUUGCAUUAACUAACAUGGGUAAGGUUUUUACAAUGGGAAGUGCUGUACACGGGCAAUUGGGGAAUCCACAGGCCAAAGAUAAAUCAAUUACAAUCGUUCAAGGGAAGCUUAAAGAUGAGUUUGUUAGGGAUAUUUCUUCGGGAACUUAUCAUAUUGCUGUCUUGACAUCAAGUGGAAGUGUUUAUACAUGGGGAAAAGGGGCAAAUGGGCAAUUAGGAUUAGGUGAUACUGAAGAUAGGAACUCUCCAACAUUAGUUGUGGCUUUGAGAGAUAGGCAGGUAGAAAAUAUAACUUGUGGAUCGAAUUUUACAGCUGCAAUUUGUUUACACAAAUCUAUCUCUAGUACUGAUCAAUCUGUUUGUAGAGGAUGCGGUGUGGCUUUUGGGUUUACAAAGAAGAAGCAUAAUUGUUAUAACUGCGGUCUUUUGUUUUGCCAUGGAUGUAGCAGCAAGAAGGCUGCAAAUGCAGCUCUGGCACCUAACAAAAGCAAGCAUGUUCGAGUCUGUGAUCCAUGCUUUAACCACCUAAAAAUGAUUCCACACUUGAGUAGACUUCCAAAGUUUGAAAGCUGUAGUCCAAGACUGUUAUUGACCACUCAGAAGACACACUCUGAUGAAAAUACAGAUAGGGAAGAGGCAACUGCUACACCAAUGAUUUUAACCAGAAAAUCUUCUAAUGAGAACAGCCAAUCCAAUCUAAAUCAACAGCAUUUAGAUCCCGUUUCUUGUUUUUCAAAUGGGUUUCCGAGAUGGGGGCAGGUCUCAUGCCCUGAAUCAUUUAAAAAUCACAAUAGAGAAAACACGAUUGCCCACGUUUCUGUUGCAGAGAAUCAAUUAUCUUUAACUCCUCCUGCGUGUUCACAACGGAUCCACUUGGGAUCAAAAUCUCCAACUUCGACUACUGUGAAUGUGGAGAAGGGCUUCUUGGAGUCAGAAAAUAUUCUAACUGAAGAAAUUCAGAAGCUGAGAGCUGAGGCUGUGAGUCUUGAAAAGCUAUGUCAAACAAGAAGCGAAAAAAUUCAUGAAUGUAAACGAAGAAUCGAAGAAAGUUGGUCUCUGGCAAAGGAGGAAGCUGCCAAGUCUAAAGCAGCAAAGGAGGUUAUGAAAGUUUUGACACUGAAGCUCCAUACUAUGUCAGAAGAACUUUAUGGUGGAAGAGAAUUGGAAGAUCAAGUUAGUCCUCAUCUGUCUCAAAUAGCAUCCAUACCUAUGGGUAGCCCAACCCUAAAUGGUGUGAAAACAAUGUUGCCUUAUGGAGUCAAACCACUAGAAGAUAGAAAAGUUGGUAGUGUGUGUAGUUCUCCUAUCUUGUUCUCCAAUACCCUAAAAUCAAUCUCUGAUGGAGACUUGUAUCAUGGUGGCCCUAUAUUAGCACAGGAAUCGAUUGUCGAAAGAACAGAUUCUAGACAAAAUGGAUUCAAAACCUUGAAGCCAGAAUGGGUAGAAAAGCAUGAACCUGGUGUGUACAUUACGUUUAUAACAUUGCCGAGCGGGCAAAAGGGUCUCAAGCGAGUGAGAUUCAGCCGAAAGAAAUUCACCGAGAAGGAAGCAGAGAGAUGGUGGGAAGAGAAUGAACUAGCAGUAUACCAGAAGUAUGAGGUUGAAGGAUACAUGAACUCCAUCCAAAAUGAGACCAGUGGCUGAUUUGUUUUUACUUUCGCAUUAUAAGUUCAUUUAUUACUUGGAGUCACAAAUUGAAUUACAUGAGUUUGUUCUGAAGUCUAAUUUCCACAUAUAUAUAUAUAUAUAUAGUGGGAGUGGGAUGGAGAGGGAGAAGGCGGGUGAUGGUUUUCUCUGACCAGAGUCAGGUGAAUACACGAUGGAGUGAUUGGAGAGGAAUUCAAGAUAUUCUUGUGUUAAGUGCCUUUAAUUUUGUUUAUAUGGAGUAGCUUGCCUACAACAUCCAUUGUAUAGUUGCAAUAAUGGGUAGCAUCUCUCUCUGUGUAUGGAAAUAGUUUUUCUA